AUGUCGACUCCAAACCCGCGCAACCGCCGAUCAAUGGGCAACUCGGGAGUUGAGACGAAUACUCCCUCUGGCGAGACCACAUUGACUGGACUUCAGCGUCUUCCAAGUCAUACGCGCUACCCUCUUACACCCAGUCGUCUUGUUACAACAUCGACACCGUCUGCCCAAAGAUCAGCUUCCCGAUUCACGCCUCGGGCAAGAGCUUCCAUGGCACCAUCAACUCCAUAUGGACUUCGCGCUCGACAGCAACGUGCCGCAAACACACCUGACCGGGAUCGUCGACGAAGUGGACGAGUCCAGCGCGAGACUACAUUUGACAUCCUAAGGAACCUUGGAAGAACGCUGGCACCAGUUUCUAAACCGAUUCAAUCCUCGCCCCAAGAGGAAGUCAAGCCCGCGGAGGAGUCGAUAGACGAGAUCGAAGAACUGGACAACGAGCCCGAGCUGGAGCGACCACGGCUUUCUCUUCCUAUGCAAGAAAGCACAGGUAGCGAGGAAGGCAGUCUAGACAUAUCACCACCCCGCCCGUCCAUCGCUCUGGACGAGGAUGAUUACACUAUGGAGUUUCCUCGAAGAGAUUUGGCCAUCCGAGAUCAAGAAAUCAUUUCAAGAAUGGCCCGGGACGUACGAAUGAGUGAUAACUUUGAGGAGACCCAAUUAGGGAGCGACUCCGAUGCAGGAGAGGAAACGGGUAUCCUAGGUGAUGACGGGUUUGAGGAUGAUACGAUGAUCAGCGGGGGGGCAUUUGACCGAGGGGGAGAGACCGAGGAGUUGCGCGGGUUCGAUUUCGACUUCGACUUCCCAUCUCCAAAUGCAAUCGAAAUGAACGAUGGGCCGAUGGGCGAGGAGACCGGCGAAUUUGAGCUGAAUCCAGGCGACAUCCAGCCAGCUCCUGGCACACCAUCCGACGCUGGCGAUGAUGGAGCUGGUGGCAUUGAUUUUGGGCUUGACUUCCCACCAGUAGCAUCUCCAAGCCAGAGCCCUGGGAUCAUUGGGGGUGGCCUCCGAGAUGAGGGGAAAGGGAAAAAGCUUUCCCGUCAUGGUAUCCCUGUCCCAAAUCUACCUGCCGGGGUGGUCAAGAAGCUGGCCAGCCAGUUCGCCCGUACUGGAGCUGGUUCCAAGACGAAAAUCAAUAAAGCCACGCUGGCUGCCAUUGAGCAGGCGUCCUCAUGGUACUUUGAACAAGUCAGCCAGGAUUUGGCGGCGUAUUCAAAGCACGCCGGGCGCAAGACCAUCGACGAAAGUGAUGUGACCACCCUUAUGAAAAGGCAACGUCACAUCAAUAGCUCGACAACUGUAUUCUCCCUGGCUCAGAAGCAUCUACCCAAGGAGCUUCAACAGGAUAUGAGGCUGGCCAUGCCUCCAUGA